AUGCGAGCGAAGGGUUCGAGUUCGAAAUUCGAAAGCGGUCAUGUCAUCGCCUCUCGGAUUUCGUAUAAGUCACCGUCCAAUGUCAAAAUCGUGUAUUUACCGCGAGCGCCGAGCGUCCGGAGCGAGCGGACAAUGCAGUCUUUGGUAGUAUGGUGGGCGGUGGUGUCUGCAGCUUGGGCGCUGGCGGGCGCCUGCUCGAGCUCCAUCUCGAAGCGGCCCGCGAGGCCUGCGAGACCGCAGCGCCCGCCGCCGCAGCCGCAACCGCAGCCGCGUCUCAACGUCACCUUCCCCAUCUUCAAGUGCGAGCCCGACUACUCGGAGUACUAUUGCCUCAACGGUGGAGUGUGCUUUACUGUAGUGAUCUCGGACAGUCCUAUCUAUAAUUGUGAGUGCCGAAACGGUUACGUGGGUCAGCGGUGCGAGUUCAAGGACUUGGAUAACUCAUAUGUGUUGACGAGCCGGCAGCUCAUGAUGGAGACGGCGUCGAUCGCCGGCGGGGCCACUGUGGCCGUGUUCCUUGCGAUUCUAGUCUGCUUCGGGGCGUGGGUGCGGCUGCACCGGCGGGGCAAAGCGCCUCCGUCGGCUGAGCGUGGCCUGGUGCACCUGGUGGCUGUAGCGACGCCCCGGGGUCAGCUGCCGGUCUGCACUGCCCCAACUCUAUAG